GCGCGGCGCGCUCCUGCCCCUGCCGCCGCUGCCGCUGCCGGGCGGAGAAGAUGGCGGAGGGAGGCGCGGCGGAUCUGGAGACCCAGCGCACGGACGUCGCGGCGCUGCUCAAAACCGCCCUCCGCAAGGGCGACACCUGGUAUCUAGUGGAUAGUCGCUGGUUCAAACAGUGGAAAAAAUAUGUUGGUUUUGACAGCUGGGACAAAUACCAGAUGGGAGAUCAGAAUGUGUACCCUGGUCCUAUUGAUAACUCUGGACUUCUCAAAGAUGGUGAUUCUCAGUCUCUCAAGGAACAUCUCAUUGAUGAGCUGGACUACAUCCUUUUGCCAACUGAAGGCUGGAAUAGGCUAGUGAGCUGGUACACACUGAUGGAAGGUCAAGAGCCAAUUGCACGCAAGGUCGUUGAACAGGGUAUGUUUGUAAAGCACUGCAAAGUAGAAGUAUAUCUAACAGAAUUAAAACUGUGUGAAAAUGGAAAUAUGAACAACGUUGUCACACGAAGAUUUAGUAAAGCUGAUACAAUAGACACAAUUGAAAAGGAGAUAAGAAAAAUCUUCAAUAUUCCAGGUGAAAAAGAGACCAGAUUGUGGAACAAGUACAUGAGUAAUACUUUUGAACCUUUGAAUAAACCAGACAGUACCAUACAGGAUGCUGGUUUAUACCAGGGACAGGUCCUGGUGAUAGAACAGAAGAAUGAGGAUGGAACAUGGCCAAGAGGUCCUUCAACUCCUAAGUCCCCAGGUGCAUCCAAUUUUUCAACUUUACCAAAGAUCUCUCCAUCUCUAUCAAAUAAUUAUAACAACAUGAACAACAGAAAUGUGAAAAAUUCAAACUAUUGUCUCCCAUCAUAUACUGCUUAUAAGAAUUAUGAUUAUUCAGAGCCAGGAAGACACAAUGAGCAGCCAGGCCUGUGUGGCCUGAGUAACUUGGGGAAUACAUGUUUCAUGAAUUCAGCAAUUCAGUGUCUGAGCAACACACCUCCUCUUACAGAAUACUUUCUCAAUGAUAAAUACCAAGAAGAGCUGAAUUUUGACAAUCCUUUAGGAAUGCGAGGUGAAAUAGCAAAAUCUUAUGCUGAGCUUAUCAAGCAAAUGUGGUCAGGAAAAUACAGCUAUGUUACCCCAAGAGCAUUUAAGACACAAGUGGGACGAUUUGCACCACAAUUUUCUGGUUAUCAGCAACAAGAUUGUCAAGAGCUACUGGCUUUUCUCUUGGAUGGUUUACAUGAGGAUUUGAAUAGAAUUAGGAAAAAACCUUAUAUUCAAUUAAAGGAUGCAGAUGGGAGACCAGACAAGGUGGUUGCUGAAGAAGCCUGGGAAAACCAUUUAAAGAGAAAUGAUUCCAUCAUUGUAGAUAUAUUUCAUGGCCUUUUUAAAUCUACUCUAGUUUGUCCUGAAUGUGCUAAAAUAUCUGUAACCUUUGAUCCCUUUUGUUACUUGACACUUCCAUUACCCAUGAAAAAAGAACGCACUUUGGAAGUUUAUUUAGUUAGAAUGGAUCCACUUGCAAAGCCUAUGCAGUACAAAGUAGUUGUUCCCAAAAUUGGAAAUAUAUUGGAUCUUUGCACAGCAUUGUCAGCUUUGUCUGGUGUUGCUGCAGAUAAGAUGAUUGUUACUGAUAUAUACAAUCACAGGUUCCACAGGAUAUUUGCCAUGGAUGAAAAUCUAAGUAGCAUUAUGGAACGUGAUGACAUUUAUGUAUUUGAAAUUGCCAUCAAUAGAACAGAAGAUACGGAACAGGUCAUAAUUCCUGUUUGUUUAAGGGAGAAGUGCAGGCACACUAGCUACAGCCAUAGUGGUUCUUUACUGUUUGGUCAACCUUUUCUCAUAGCAGUGCCUAGAAACAAUACUGAAGAUAAACUAUAUAACCUGCUGCUGCUAAGAAUGUGCCGAUAUGUAAAAACAUGUACUGAAAGUGAAGACACUGAAGGUUCCCUGCAUUGCUGUAAGGACCAUGGUAUCAAUGGUAAUGGCCCAAAUGGAAUACAUGAAGAAGGAUCUCCAAGUGAAAUGGAAACAGAUGAGCAAGAUGAUGAAUCCAGCCAGGAUCAGGAACUUCCCUCAGAGAAUGAAAACAGCCAAUCAGAAGACUCAGUUGGGGGUGACAAUGACUCUGAAAAUGGAUUGUGUACUGAGGAUACUUGCAAAGGUCAACCACUCACGGGACACAAAAAGCGAUUGUUUACAUUCCAGUUCAAUAAUUUAGGCAGUACUGACAUAAACUACAUCAAAGAUGAUACCAGGCAUAUUAGAUUUGAUGAUAGGCAACCUAGGCUUGAUGAAAGAUCUUUCCUUGCUUUGGAUUGGGAUCCUGAAUUGAAGAAGAGAUACUUUGAUGAUAGUGCAGCAGAGGAUUUUGAAAAACAUGAAAGUGUGGAAUAUAAGCCUCCCAAAAAGCCUUUUGUGAAAUUAAAAGACUGCAUUGAGCUGUUCACAACAAAGGAAAAACUAGGUGCUGAAGACCCAUGGUAUUGUCCAAACUGUAAAGAACAUCAGCAAGCUACUAAGAAGUUAGACUUGUGGUCACUGCCCCCCGUACUGGUAGUUCAUCUGAAGCGCUUUUCCUACAGCAGAUACAUGAGGGACAAGUUGGAUACAUUGGUUGAUUUUCCGAUAAAUGACUUGGACAUGUCAGAGUUCCUUAUUAAUCCCAAUGCCGGGCCUUGCCGCUACAACUUGAUUGCUGUUUCGAACCACUAUGGAGGAAUGGGAGGAGGGCACUAUACUGCUUUUGCAAAAAAUAAGGAUGAUGGAAAAUGGUACUACUUUGAUGACAGUAGUGUGUCCACUGCAAGUGAAGACCAGAUAGUGUCCAAAGCAGCGUAUGUGCUCUUCUACCAGAGACAGGACACAAUCAGUGGAACUGGCUUUUUCCCACUUGACCGGGAAACUAAACAAGGUGCUUCAGCUGCCACAGGCAUCCCACUAGAAAGUGAUGAAGACAGCAAUGAAAAUGAUAAUGAUAUAGAAAAUGAAAAUUGUAUGCACACUAACUGAUGGGAAGAACUAGAAGCCAUAAAAGAGACUCUCUUACUGGGGAUAUGGAUUGAAAGAGUGAAAAUGCCCACCAAAUUAAGAAUAAAAAUCUGAGAUGGGGAGUUUCAGAUAAUAGAAUGUAAAUCUUUAUUGCAUUUUAACAUGUGCAGUACUUGAAGUGAAACAAUAAAAACUUAAACAGAAA